ACACUACCCAGCCUUCUUUCUCUCCCUCUCUUUCUACAAUCUGACUCAUAGCAUGACCUUGCAAUAGUUGAGAUUUGAUUUGUGGCGUUAUGGAUCCCUCCUCAACCAGCCAGGACAGCCAGUCUUAAGGAACACCUUGUAAACUAGUAUUGUCUGGAGUACAGUACAGCACCCCUGUCUGUUGUUGUCACGGUGCCAGAGGGAGAGCUAGGAGGCUCCUCUUCGCCCCCGUCCAUCUGCCCCCUCCCUGGAGCAUGCAGGAAGGGUGGACAGAGCAGAGCAGAGCUGAGCUGAGGGAGAGCCUGGAGCCUGGCCCUGCCUAGAGGAGUGGAGGGACUUAGAGGAGGUACACCUGAGCAGGCAUACGGAGUAGAGCGACCAGCACAUCCAGCAGUAUGGGGGCAUCUUAUUCAAAGAAGAAGACGUAUAACAUCAACCAACAGCAGCAGCAGCAGCAGUGUGUGAAAAACGGAAAGCACAGGAAUGGCAGAGCGUCAGCCUAUGCGGACCUACAGUGGGAGCAGCAGCCCAGGCAGGAUGGGAGCCACCCACCUCAGGACUACCCUCACAGGGACCAGCCCCCCGUGGCUGGCUAUGUCCCCCAGCCAGAUUACAUGGAGGGAGAUGAUGAUCUCAUCAAACCCAAAAAGCUCCUUAAUCCAGUGAAAGCCUCCAAAAGCCACCAGGAGCUCCACCGAGAGCUACUCAUGAGCCAGAAACGGAGUGGCGGUGUUGGGAUGGAGUCUAAGCCGGAGCUGCAGCGUGUCUUGGAGGCCAGGAAGAGGGAACAGAUCAUCAAGCAGAGGAAGGAGGAAGAUGAGGCCAGAAAGAAGAUCUCCCCUCUGGAACAAGAGCUCCUCAAGAGGAAGGAGAAGCUAGAAGAGCUGGAGAAGGAGCAGGGGAAAAAAGAGGAGACCGUGAGAGCCCCAGAGUUUGUCAAGGUCAAGGAGAACUUGAGACGGACGUCCUUUCACAAUAAUGGAGAGAAAGAGGUGUAGGGACAAACCGGUCCAAGUAUACCAUUGAGUUGGAAUCUGCUGGAGUUUGUACACUUGUGUGUAUUAUGCGCGUGAGUGGACACAGAACAGCUGUGUUGUGUUGCUCUGACUGCACAACUCAAGACAACAGCAAGGAACUUCUACCUACAAGGACUGGUCGGCAAGCCAUGACACAAUGCCUUCACUAACCCACUCAGAGCAGAGACACAGCGGGAGAGACAGAGAAGGAAGGUUGACUCUGCAAUGGGCUACUGUUACAGGGAUAGGUCAAACUGUAUCUGUGAUAUCUCAAUCCAGAGUAACUGACAUGAGAGUGAGUGUUAGGGUCAAAAAGGACAACCUGGACUCGGGGGUAGACGUAACAUAGUAAACGUAAUUCCGGGACACGCAAAAUAGUAUGAUAUGUUACAUUUCGUAUGGUAUGAAUUAGUUUGUGGAUGUCCGUCAUGCAUUUCGUAUGAUAUAUUACGAAUGACAAUUCAUACGAUAUGUUACGGAUUGUAAUUUGUACAAUAUGUUAGGAAUUUGCUGAACGUAUGAUAUGAUACGAAUUCCAAUUUGUUCUCGCUAACGUUAGCUAGGUGGCUAGCGUUAACUAAGCUAACGGUUAGGGUUAGGGGUUAAGGAUAAGCUUAGGAGUUAGGUU